UAGACAAACACAUUAAGUAGUAUAGUUUAGAUACUUACUAAUUCAUACAUUGUAUUAUUUCAAUUACUGUCAGACUAAUUAAUUGUGUUUUAUUUUGAUUACAUAUUUUUUAGUGACAUGAAAUCAAUUUUACUGAGGAUAUUACGUUUUUCAAAUGUAUAUAGUGUGCUAUUUAGUUUUUUACAUUUAAAAAAUUACGAUAUAGGUUAAAAAAAUUAUGAAUUUUUUUUAUGGAACGUAUGAAGAAUAUGGCAUGGAAAUUCAAUACUAUCGAACGUAACUAUUAGGAUAUCCUAGUUCUUAUAUAAUCUAAGUAGUUCGUACCAUAUUGAUAGAUGGCUGUAGUGUAGUCGGGAAUUGAGCGCCAUCUCUAUCCUCUGCAUGUAUUGAUGUGACGUCAGUAAAGGAAAUUACAUCUAACAGUAUUCGUCUAGAACAAAACAGAAGGGCGGGAAUGGUUUUAUUAAAUACUUUGUCUAUUCUACAUGUUGAUCGAUCUACGGUGUAGGUUUAAGGUUAUGACUGCGGUAUAGUCGUUUGGUUCACUUUAUUAUAUCUUUGAAGAUAUUUAUAUUCGGUAUCAAUUUAUCAGAAGAAAAACGAACGACAUGUUAACAAGUGCUUGAUAAAGUGUAUAUAUUUUCUUUUUAUGUUUGUCAUUUGCAAAUAAACUGCAAAUAUGGUUUUUGAAUCAAUCAUAGCAGAACUACUAAAUAAAGUUUUGGGAGAGUAUAUUCAAAAUUUGGAUUAUACGCAGUUAAAACUUAGUCUAUGGGGAGGCGAUGUAGUAUUAACAGAUUUAUUAAUAAAAGAAACAGCAUUAGAUGUAUUGGAUUUACCUAUAAGAUUAGAAUAUGGUCGAUUAGGUAAAUUAAUAUUAAAAAUUCCAUAUAAAGAUAUAUGGAAUGCUCAAGUUGAUGCGAUAGUUGAAGAAUUAUUUGUACUUGUUGUACCUUCAAGCCAAGUUGUUUAUGAUCCUGAAAAAGAAGCAAAGCAACAAUUAGAAGCCAAAAAGGCUGAGCUUGCAAGAAUAGAGAAAAGCAAACAAUUAGCAGAGACUAAACCACAAGAAAAACUAGAUGAUUCAAUGGUUGAAAAAUUAAUUGCUCGUAUGAUAAAAAAUAUACAUGUUGAAAUAAAGAGAAUUCAUGUGCGUUAUGAAGACCAUAUUACAUUUAAGGAUCAUCCAUUUUCAUUUGGAUUUACAUUAAAUACAUUUGUCUUAGAAAGCUGUACAGAUAAUUGGAGUACAACUGACAGCAUGAAAGAUAUGUAUGCAAUUCCACAAAUUUAUAAGCUAUGUACACUGGAUGGCCUGGCUGUAUAUCUUAAUACUGGUGUAGAACAAUUUAGUAAAAAUCUACCUUCUAUGUUUUCAAAACUGUUUUCUGAUGGUAUUGCAACAAUGGAUUAUACUCCUAUUGAUUAUUUAUAUUUACUGGGUCCAAUAAAUGUUAAUGCAAAAUUAAAGCUUAAUCCAAAGCCUGAAGCAGAUGGCAGUAAUUAUACCAUUCCAAAAGUAUGGCUCAAUUUGGAAAUGCUUAAAUUACGAAUAGCAUUGACAAAACAUCAAUACCAAACUUUAGUACAGUUAGGAGAAGGUUUGGAUCAAGCUCAAAAGGCUGCUCCAUAUAGAAAAUAUAGACCAAAUGUAAAAUCAUAUAGGGGCCAUUAUAAAGAAUGGUGGAAAUUUGCAUAUACUUGUAUAUUAGAAGAAACUGUAAGAAGAAAGCAGAGAAAUUGGGAUUGGAAUCAUAUGAAAGCACAUAGAGAUAUGUGCCGCGAAUAUGCACAAGUGUAUCAAACGAAAUUAACAACUAAGAAAGUAGUAAAAGAUAUUGAAGAACGUCUUGCGAAUUAUGAAAAGAAGUUAGAUCUUUUCAAUUUAGUUAUAAUCAGACAACAAAUUGAAAUGGAAGUCGAAAGAUUAGCAGAGAAAGAAAAGACUCUUAAAGCGAAAAGAGGAUGGUUUGGUUUUUUGUGGGGUUCUCCUCAAACAGAAGAAACUCAAGAUUUGAAUUCUGCUGCAGCUAUUAUGCGUAAAUUCGAAGAAGCCAUGACACCACAAGAAAAGGAAAAAUUGUAUCGUGCAAUUGAUUACCAAGAGAACAUUACACCAGCUCAUUAUCCCGAAACUUAUGAAAUGAUUGAUACUAAUUUCUUCUUACAUGGACUUCAGUUACUUCUUUUAGAUACAGAUAAAGAAUAUCCAAGUAUCUUGGAUUUACAAUUAAAUAGUGUUCAAGCUGGUUUUAAAUCACGACCUUCUGCUAAUGCUAUUUCAAUAACAACAUCAAUUAGUGAUAUGAAACUUUUUGGAGUGAAACAAAAUGAUUAUAUUCCUUCACUUUUUAAUUCUGAAGUUUUUAAUUCAGAUAAUGUUUUACUAUCUAUUUCUUAUGAAAAGAAUCCUCUUGACAAAUUAUGUGGUGAUCGUAUUAUUGUAAAAUCAAAAUCCGUGGAUAUUAUCUAUGAUGCUCAAACAAUUAUAGAAUUAGUUAAAUUGUUUAAAGUUCCAAAUUCCUCAGCUUUAAAUCAAAUUCAAGCAGCUGCUGCAGAACAAUUAGAAGGCUUAAAAGAAAUGUCUGCUUUAGGUUUAGAGUAUGCUAUUGAAAAACAUUCAGUAUUAGAUAUUCAGGUAGACAUGCAAGCAUCUCAAUUAAUUAUACCACAUGGUGGAUUAUAUGAUAGUACUAAAUCAUUAUUUAUAAUAAAUUUGGGUAGUUUGAAGAUGCAUUCUCUUGAAAAGCCCAAAAAUAAUAAAUCUAAAGCAACUGUUAAACAGCUUGCUAGUAUGGGUAAAAGUGAAGAAGAUAUUUUAUUACACUUAAGAGAAUAUAGUUAUGACAAAUUUGCUCUGAAUAUAGUUAAUUUUCAGAUUCUUGUUUCAUUGGGAAAUGAAAAUUGGAGAGAAGCUUUAAUGAAAGAUAGUCCAAUGACAUUAUUGUGUCCAACUACGUUAGAAAUUCAAUUUCACAAAUGUUUAAUAACAGAUGAUCCUUUAUUACCUAAAAUGAGAUUAGUAGGACAAUUACCAUCUCUUGCUAUUAAUGUAACAGAUGUACUUUUAUUAGAAGUUUUUAAUAUUGCUCAAAGCAUCCCACUCCCUGAGGAAGAAACUUCUACACAACUUACAAAGUCAUCACUUAGCAAAUCCGUUUCCCAAUUAUCUCUAUUUAAGGAAUUGACUACAAUUUCUUCAGCCAAUGAUAAAAAGAAGCAGGAAGAUAAACCACUUAAACAGACAACUGAUUUAGAAAUGAAGUUCGUAAUGAAAGAAUUCACUUUAUCAAUUUCCAAACAAAGAGAUGAAAUAGUCAUGUCAUUUGUAAGAUUUGAAAUCUUACAAUUAGAAGUUGAAAUGUUGCAACGUUCUUACGAUCAAGAAAUAUUAUUGAAACUAGGCGGUACUCAAAUGAAGCAACAUCGUAAUAAUGAAGAAAUUUUUAUGAUAAAUACUCCCAUGUCAACUGGAAAAGACGAGUAUCUUAUUAUAGUGCAGUAUGUUAAUGUGAAUAAACGAUCACCAGAGUUUAUCACGCGACAUGAAUCGGUCAUAAAAUUGUUACAACUAGAAUUUACUACAUUAGAAGUAGUACUUCAUCAGGAAGCUCUUAUUGAUUUUUUAAAAUUUGUGACAUAUAUACAGGAUAAGAUACAGGCUAUGUCUGCUUUAAAAGAAACAGUGCAAGAAGAUAUAAUACCAUCUCGGCCAACUCAUUUAUCUUUCAUUCAAGAAGAAACUUCUACAUUUGUCAGAGAUCAAAUCCAGAAGCAGAAACUUAAACCUUCAAAAUUACGACGUAAAAGAGAAAUAGUCGAGUUUAUAGAUUUAAAAGUAAAAGCUAAAGUUGGCACUAUAAGUAUAAAAAUGACCAGUGAUGUAAGAGACAUCAGUGCUUUUUUUAUAGAAGGCAUUAUUGCUGGUUUUAUAAUGAAGGCUUCUUAUUCACAAGCAAAUAUUAAUCUUACCUCCAUUAAUAUCAAAGAUCUUAACACUACAUCAAUUUAUAAAAAUAUUAUAUCAGUAGAAGGUGAAGAGUCUUUAAAAAUUGAAGCAGUAAUAUAUAAUAUUGAACCACAUGAGCAAGAUAAAAACAAUAUGUCUAUUAAAGUUAUUAUGGGCUGCCACCGUAUUAUAUUUUUAAAUGUCUUUGUUACAAGUGUUAUGAAUUUUCUUAAUAAUUUCCAAGCAACACAACAAGCAAUUAAAGAAGCAUCUGCAGCAGCUGCAGAAGCAGCAAAAACUAAUAUUAAGGAUGUUCAAGAAAGUGCAACGCGAGUAGAAUUAAACGUAAAAAUUAAGGCUCCUCUUAUAUAUGUGCCUAGAAAUUCAAAAAGCGAACAUUGUUUAAUGUUAGAUAUGGGUAACCUUACAAUUUGUAAUAUUUUUAAAAAACUAGAAGUCGAAACAGUAUCUGGAGAAUAUCCUAUAGUUGAUGAGAUGAAGAUUGAAUUACAAAAUUUAAAACUCUUAAGAAUAAGACUAAACAAAAUUGAAUUUACGAUUGAGAACCAAGUUCUAUUACUAGAACCAGUUAGUUUUACACUAUUGAUGAAACGCAAUUUGUCAACUGCAUGGUUUACUUCUAUACCAGAUAUUGAUAUGUUCGGUCGAUUGAACAAAAUUAAUUUAUUAUUAAGUCAAGAAGACUAUGCAACCAUAAUGAAAGUUUUAGAAGAAAAUUUAGGAGAAUCAAUAGAAGAGUCUAAACCUACACAAACUUCGGGAUAUAGCGAUAAAAAGUGUUUAUCAGAUCAGAAUAAGCGAAAAAUAAUAGAACCAACUAAAGUGGACGUUAUUACUGAAGAGGAAGGUACAGUUUUUCAAGAGCAAAAACAUGUACAUACGUUUAUUAAAUUUGAAUUUAUUAUGGAUAGCCUCGUUAUUAGUUUGUUUACAGGAGGCUCCAAAAUGUUACAGACUCAAACGUCACCUCUACAUCUUCCAGAAAAUGGUUUGGCAAAGUUUUCCUUAACACAUUUUGCAGUUAAAGGACGAAUAUUCGUUGGUGAUUUAUUAGUAACUUCUAUCCUUCUUAUGAAUUGUACUUUGGACGAUAUUCGGCCUAGUAGAGAAAGUACUUUGACAAGACUGAUGGAAAGGACAACAAGCUUAUCAUCUGCACAUGAUACGGAAAAAGAUGCAAAGACUGUGAGGAGUAUGUUGGAUGUAACAAUUAGACGAGGCCCUAAUGACAUAUUUGUUGAUGUUAGAGUGUUCUCAUUCAGCAUUAUUGUAUCACUUGAUUACCUAAUGAAGAUAAAAGAUUUUUUUAAUAUUGUACCUUCUACAUCAACUAAGAAUACAUCUCAAUCUUCACAAAAGGGUUAUAAUGAUGUAGUGAUUAAGAAACGAUCACCUCAAACUUCAGGAAAUCAAACUAACCAAAUGUUAACUGUGAAUUUACAUGUAGAAAAGCCAGAUAUUAUUCUUCUUGAAGAUAUGGAUGAUAUAAAUUCAAACUGCAUAUUAUUAAAUACUGAGCUACUUUUAAAAAUGCGCAUAAUGGGUGAACAUCAAGUUAUAACAGGUUCUGUUAAAGAUCUUUCUCUUUUAACUGGUAUAUAUAAUCCUGCUAAAAGGGCUGAUUGGAUAUAUCAGGUUUUAAGACCAUGUAGUAUUAGUGUAGCAGGUUCUACACCUGAAGGAAAAGGUCUUCACAUAGAUGUAUCUUGUACAGAUAUUUAUAUUUCUGUCUCACCAGGUGUAAUUGAGAUUUUGAACAAUGUCAUUCAUACUGUAACUAAAACGGAAGAGGAAGAUAAAGAAGUGGUAAAGCCUGAACCUAAUUAUGAAGGACUUUGGCAAAUUACUCCAUAUAAAGAACAAAAUUAUUGGUUUUUGAAACCAGAGAUUGGGACGGAGGUAUUAGAACUUUUUUCUUAUCCCGAUUACGAUGAUAAUGCGGUUUAUAAACCUGAAUUAGCUAUAAUUUCUGCACCAACAAUUUUGUUAACAUUGGAAGCAGGCGUUGGCAAUAAAACGUUACCAAUGCUUCUGACGAAUAUUGGAUUUCAAAGCAAUGUCAAUGAUUGGAGUACUAAAUCUAUGUCCUUGGAAUGUACAAUUUCUCUUAUAAUAGCAUAUUAUAAUAGUCGUUUAGCUUUAUGGGAACCAUUGAUAGAACCAAAGGAAGGAAUACAAAAUGGAAAACGUACUUCAACUUCUUGGGAAUUGAAAACAAAAGUACAAUUUAAUGAUUUAGAAGUGAGCUCUAGAGGAGCUAGUGCAAUCAGUCCAAGUGUAGAAAGUGAACCAGAAGAUUUACAUCAAAUUGCUAAAAUGUCCAUUGACAUAACAUCUUCUGAAAAUCUAGAAAUUACUGUGACCAAAACUUGUCUGGAUGUAUUAAAACAAUUAGGUAAUGCAUUCUCUUCUGCUAUCGAACCUGGUAGAAAAAUGGCCACUCAAAAAUUAGCACCAUAUGUAUUGAGAAAUGAAACUGGCUUGGCAAUGACAUUAAACUUAGAGCUUAGUCAUUUUAAGAUAUUUGACAGUGGUUCAAGGUCAACUAAUAAAACAGAUUUGUAUACCGAAGUAAUUCUCGAAUCUGGAGCGUCCAUAGAACUCGUACCAAAGUUUACCAAAGUAGAAACGCACCUUCUUGAACAAUUAAAAGCUGAUUCUAUUAAAGACAGUGGAGACAAUAAAUUUGUUGUUUCGUUCAAAGAAAUUUGUGAUAAAUUGACAAUACCAGUUCUUCGAGCAGAUAAAAGAUUCUUCUCGUUGAAAUAUCGUAAAGAUAAUUCAGAGGAAUGGGGUAUUGUUUCUGAUGUUGUUGUUGAUGAAGGAAGCACUAUUGUUACACUUAGAAGUAUCCUUCAGGUACAUAAUCAUUUCACCGAACCUAUAUCUGUAUAUUAUAUGACGAAACGAGGAAACGAAGUUGAAUGUGUGGGCACAGUAGCUCCUGAUGAUCGAUUGAAUCUUCCAUUGGAUGCUGUAUAUACACCAACAAAUAUUUAUUGGUUGUUCUUUAGUGUUAAUGGUUACAUGGUUUCAAUAGAACCAUUUGUUUGGAAAGACCUUCAAAAAAAUGUUUCCAUGACAAAACUGCUAAAGUGUGAAGCAAGAUCAAAACAAGAAAUAAUAGAACCGUUUUAUAUACAGAUGUUUUUCGUGAUGAUUGUGGUUGGUAGUAUUCUCUAUAAUAACAACACAGUCAGUUUAUUCUUAAAUGCUAUCGACUGGCAAUACAAAUUGUGUCAUUUUAUUGAUCACGUGAAACGUUUCUGCUUGAAUUGUUUUAAUUCAGAGCACCCAAAAUAUGUGGAAACACCUAUUCAGGUUGUAGGAGAAAUAGAGCAAGUUUAUUUUGAAAAUACUAGUCGCCACACAAUGGCAAGCACUAUUUAUAAUGUGCAUUUAUAUCCAUCUGUAUAUCUAAAAAAUUUUUUGCCUAUUGACAUUAUUAUUUGUCUUCCUGGAAUUAUCGAAGAAAAACUUUUGGAAGCUAGUGCUACUUUACAGAUUCCAACAAUCGACUAUACAAAGUCAAAUAUUGUUAUUAAGCUACCAAAUUAUUUAGAGAAAAAUUGGUCAUGUAAAGGUGAAAUAAUAGCAAAUCCACCGGAGUUUUCAGUCUGGUCUUUUGAAUCCUUUGAUAGUUCACAAAAAGUUAUUAUGGAUUUAGGAAUGCAUACAUCAUAUAAACAUGGUUCCAUUAUAAUGGCUCUCUAUUGUCCUUUCUGGAUGUUAAAUAAAACUGGAUUAAUGUUAUCUUAUAGGAAGUCAAGUAAGGGUGGUAAAGAACACUCAAGCCCAGUUAAGAAACUCGUUUCUGCUAUGAAACCUCAUCAUCCACGUGCACAGUAUAGGAAGAGGAAAGCACGUUCGAGUGGAGAAGAUUAUUUAAAUAUUUUAUAUCACCCAGAACAUUUUAAAGGACCAAUAUUAUUUUCAUUCCGGUCAAAAGUCUUUUUUGGCAAAAAGAAAGCAAUGGUGAGGGUAGAAGAUGGAGAAUGGUCUGAAAAGUUUUCAAUUGAUGUUGCAGGAAGUGAGGGAGUAGUUGCAUGCAAAUACAAUGGAAUGAUAUAUCAGAUUGGUGUACAUAAUCAACUGACAUAUAAUUCUUUGACAAAGCAAAUUACAUUUACACCUUAUUAUGUUCUUAUUAAUAAUAGUGAUUUUAUAAUUGAGUGUCAAGAAGGUGAUAGACCUGCUGAUCCACUUAUCAUAGUUUCACCUGGAGAAUGUUCUGCUUUUUGGCCUCGUUCAGAACAAGAAGUGAAAACUUUGAAAGCAAAGGCUGCAGGAUAUCGUGAAAAAACAGCAGCUUUUAUUUAUACUGAUAGCCAUACUACGUUGUUGAAGCUAGAUAACAAGUACGGCGGUAUUAAUGUUGAUAUACAAAUCAAUGAAGGUGGGAUAUAUAUUUCAAUGACAGGUUACAAUCCUGGCAAUGCUCCAGCUCUUAUUAUAAAUCACACUCAUCAUUUAAUCAAUUUUUGGGAAAAAGGAUCUAUAAAUGUAAAAUCUAUUGCAUCAUUUAACAAAAUGUUUUACACCUGGGAAAAUCCUGCUGGUCCAAGAAAAUUAAUGUGGGAAGAUUAUAACAACAAAGAAAUAGAAGAUGAUCUAAGAAAAGAUACUUUGGGUGCAUUUAAAAUACUUAUUUCGAAUACAGAAGAGGAAAUAUAUUAUGUAUCAUUUCUUAAUGGUACACAAAGAGUACUUCUAUUUACUACAAAUUUGAAGAUAGCUGAAGAUUGUCAACUGGUAGGCGAUUUUGAGCCUACUGAACAAGAAAUAACUCUCAAUAUUCAUGGCAUAGGAUUUUCACUUGUAAAUAAUGUUACUAAGUCAGAGCUUUUAUAUAUGUGCAUAGCUAGCUCUGGUAUAAUAUGGGAAACAUGUAAAUCUGGUGGAAAUAGAUGGCGUCAUCUCAAUACAAGAGAAAUUAAUAUUAUUGAAGAGGGAUACCAAAAAUAUAUACGUGAAUUACAAAUUGAGAAAGACCCGGCUCAUAGAAUAUUACUUGAGCCUAAGUUGGAGGUUGAUUACUUAAAUAUGGAAAUGUUAAAACCGCAUCGUCGUUACAUGCGACGUUCAUUCCAAACUGGUUUAUGGCUACAAUAUAAAACAUCAAUACAUCAAGUACAAUUACAUGCAAAAAUUAAUAGAUUACAGAUAGAUAAUCAACUUUCAGAUUGUGUUUUUCCAGUUAUUCUAGCACCUGUUCCUCUACCCAAAAGUAUCACACAAAGUACAGUACCAAAACCAUUUGCCGAACUUAGUAUGGUAAAACGUCUUUUGGAACAUAGUACCGUGCAACAAUUUCGUUAUUUCAAAGUACUUGUUCAAGAAUUUCACAUUAAAGUGGAUAUAGUAUUUAUAAAUGCCAUAAUGGCCUUUUUGGAGACUAACGUAGCGAAUGACGUGGAAGAAAGCGAACUAUUUCGUUCAGACAUGAAAUUGGUACAUGAACCACUUAUGUAUCAUGUUAGUCUGAUCACAACAGCUGAGCAAAAGAAUUUCUUUGACUUAUUGCAUUUUUCACCUCUUAAGAUACAUAUUAGUUUUUCCAUGACUGGUACUGGAAGUGGAUCUUCUGCACUACCUCAAGUAUUAAAUGUAUUAUUACAAGGCCUUGGAGUUACUCUAACUGAUAUAAACGAUAUCGUAUUCAAAUUAGCAUAUUUCGAAAGAGAUUACACUUUCAUGACAAAUAAGCAAUUAAUUUCGGAAGCAACUACGCAUUAUGUAGGACAAGCUAUUAAACAAGCUUAUGUUCUUGUGUUAGGUCUUGAUGUUAUUGGUAAUCCAUAUGGUCUUGUAGUUGGUACAAUGAAAGGUAUCGAAGAUUUAUUUUAUGAGCCUUUCCAAGGUGCCAUACAAGGUCCAGGAGAAUUUGCUGAAGGAUUAUAUCUUGGUGUAAGAAGUAUGUUAGGUCAUACUGUUGGUGGAAUGGCAGGAGCUGUAUCUAAAAUUACAGGAGCUAUGGGUAAAGGAAUAGCUACUUUAACUUUUGACAAAGAUUAUCAAAGGAAAAGGCAAGAACAAUUGAAUAAACAGCCAGCAAAUUUGCAAGAAGGACUUGCAAGAAGUGGGAAAGGUUUAAUAAUGGGAGUUGUAGAUGGUGUAACUGGUGUUGUAAUGAAACCCAUAUCCGGUGCUAAAGAAGAAGGCGUUGAAGGAUUUUUCAAAGGUUUUGGAAAAGGAGUUGUUGGACUUGUAACUAGACCAACUGCCGGCGUUGUUGACUUUGCUAGUGGAUCUUUCGGUGCUGUCAGACGUGCGGCUGAAUUAAACGAAGAAGUUAAAAGAGUUCGUCCACCGAGAUUCCUACAGCCAGACAGUCUUGUUCGACCUUAUAUAAGAGAUGAAGCAGAUGGUAAUAAAAUUCUGAUUGAACUUGAAAAAGGAAAAUAUGCAAACACAGAUAUUUAUUUCUAUCAUAUAUAUAUAAAUAAGGAUGUCCUAUUGCUUACCGAUAAACGUAUAGCGUAUCUUGAACAUAGUGAUUUAUUCGGUGGUUGGAAGGUCGAUUGGACUCAUACGUGGCAAGAAAUUGAAUUACCUAAAGUAGUAGAUAAAGGGGUACAGAUUUUUAUUAAAGAUUCUUCAAGAAGGAAGAAACUGGGUAAUUUAUUUGGUAGUACAGAACAAUCCAAAAUAAUCUUAAUAACAGAUUACAAUAUAAAGCAGUUACUUUAUAUAAAAAUACGGGAACAGAUGAAUCAAUAUGGAUUAACAGAUGAAUUUAAAUAAGUUACCAGUACGAAAAUCAAAAAGAGAGAGCAUGAUGUAUUGACAAAUUACUUAUGAAACUUUAUGCUUAAGCAAAACUAAGAGUGCCUAAAUGCUCAAUUUGCAUUAAGCUUUGCAACUGAAGUUAUAUAAUUUUCAUGCACAUUCAACUAAUUUUUUUAUAAAUAAUAUUUGCAAGACUGACAAAUAUUAGCUUUUAAAUAGCUAUAAUAAAGAAUAUAAACCUAUGUUGUUUCGAGAUAAAUAUAAAAAAAAAGUUCGCAUUCACGAUGCAUAGAAUUUCAAUAGAUUAAAUUUAUUUUUAUGUUGAUAUAAUUUUUCUUCUUAAGAUAUAUGAUUAUAGAAUAUAUAUAGUAAGUCAUAAAUUAUAUAUUUUGUCAAUAUUGAUCAAGUACC